CCUUGCGCCCUUGCCGCGGUGCUCGCCCAAACCCCUCCUCUGCUAACUGGGGAACGAGGGGGACACUCACCUCGGUCGCACCCCUUUUGUCCCCGGGUGAUGGUGGCUCGGACUGAAGGGACACCCCCCCGUAACUCCACCGCGCGCCCCGGCCGCCAUUAUACCAGCGGCGGCACCGCCCCGCCAUGAGGCAGCGUGGCGCGCGCUGCCGGCGCCCCGACCCCUACCCGUCAUGUCGGACAUGAUGGCAGCGGCCGCGGCUUCCCCUCAGUCGCAGCCGAGCCCCGGCCCGCCGGCGGUGGACGCGGAGAGCGGGGCCUCCCGCGGCGGCGGGGUGGAUGGGGAGACUGAAGCGGAGGAGUUUGGGUGCCCGGCGCACUGCUCUGACUUGGCCUGGCGGCAGAACGAGCAGCGCCGGCACGGCCUCUACUGCGACAUCACUCUGGCGUUCGGCGGCGGGCGGCCCGGAGCGGCCCGCGAGUACAGGGCGCACCGUUCCGUCCUGGCUGCCGCCACCGAGUAUUUCACUCCGCUGCUCUCGGGGGGCUUCGCGGAGUCGCGCUCGGGACGUGUGGAGCUGCAGAAGUGGAGCUCGGAGAGCGGCCCCGACCCCGACACGGUGGAGGCCGUCAUCAGCUUCAUGUACACCGGUACCAUCCGCGUUAGCCCCGGCAACGUCCACGAAGUGCUGGAGAUGGCGGACAGAUUUCUGCUGACCUGGUUAAAAGAGUUCUGUGGAGAGUUUCUGAAGAAGAAACUCAACCUCUCCAACAGCGUUGCAGUUCACAGCUUAGCCCACAUGUAUUCCUUGAAUCAGCUGGCCCUCAAAGCUCAGGAUAUGAUCAGGAGAAACUUCCACAAAGUUAUCCAAGAUGAGGAGUUCUACACUUUGCCCUUUCACCUCAUCAGAGAUUGGCUCUCAGACUCAGAGAUCAUAGUGGACUCUGAAGAAAUCCUCUUUGAGACUGUUUUGAAGUGGAUUCAGAAGAAUCCCGAGGAAAGAGAGAGAGCAACCAUGGAGGUGAUGAACAUGAUUGAGCAGCCAAUCAAGGUGACAGAGUGGCAGCAAACCUACACCUAUGACUCAGGGAUCCACUCUGGUGUCAACACUCAGGUGCCCUCUAUCAGCAGUAAGUGCCUCGGGGAUGAUGAUGAGUUCUAUGGGAAGCAGUACACCAUCAAGAAGAUGACUGCCACAAGCUACUGCCAGGGAGGGGACCAGGGCCAGAGUCAAAUACAAGGAGUAGACAUGGAGGCUCAGCUGGCCAUGACCCGGGCCCAGCGUGUCCGGGCUGCCAUGUACCCUGAGAUGGUAGAGGACUGCUCCCUUCUCAUCACCUCCCAGCUGGAGGGUCAGCAGACCAAUGUCCAGCGCCUGGUAGAGCCCUCUCAGAUGCUGAAAUCUGCCAUCGUGCACCUCAUCAACUACCAGGACGAUGCUGAGCUGGCCACCCGUGCCAUCCCGGAGCUUACCAAGCUGCUCAAUGAUGAGGACCUGGUGGUUGUCAGCAAAGCAGCCAUGAUCGUCAAUCAGCUCUCCAAGAAGGAGGCAUCACGCCAUGCCCUGAUGCAGUUGCCCCAGAUUGUGGCUGCUAUGGUCUGCACCAUGCAGAACACCAGUGACCUGGACACGGCCCGCUGCACCACUAGCAUUCUGCACAACCUCUCGCACCACUGCGAGGGCCUGCUCUCCAUCUUCAAGUCUGGUGGCAUCCCAGCUCUCGUCAGGAUGCUGAGCUCGCCAGUUGAGUCAGUCCUCUUCUAUGCCAUCACCACCCUGCACAACCUGCUGCUCUACCAGGAAGGGGCCAAGAUGGCUGUGCGCCUGGCUGAUAGCCUGCAGAAGAUGGUUCCCUUGCUCAACAAGAACAACCCCAAGUUCCUGGCUAUUACCACUGACUGCCUUCAGCUUCUCGCCUAUGGCAACCAGGAGAGUAAGCAGGGGGGACCCAAAUCACUCCUGCGUGUUGAGAUGGACCUCCUGCCUGACUUCUGGACCACGAACCGGGUGCUCAAGGUGCUAUCAGUGUGUCCCAUCAACAAGCCUGCUAUCGUUGAGGCCGGUGGCAUGCAGGCAUUGGGCAAGCACCUGACCAGCUCCAGCCCCAGAUUGGUCCAGAAUUGUCUCUGGACCCUGCGCAACCUCUCUGAUGUGGCUACCAAACAGGAGGGCCUGGACGGUGUCCUCAAGAUCCUGGUGAACCAGCUGAGUUCUGAUGAUGUGAAUGUGCUGACCUGUGCCACCGGCACCCUCUCCAACCUGACCUGCAACAACAGCAAGAACAAGACCCUGGUGACACAGUCGAAUGGGGUAGAGACCCUGAUCCACACCAUCCUGCGAGCAGGCGACAAGGAGGACAUCACUGAGCCAGCUGUCUGUGCUCUGCGGCACCUCACCAGCCGGCACCCCGAGGCUGAGAUGGCGCAGAACUCAGUGCGCCUCAACUACGGCAUCCCUGCCAUUGUCAAGCUCCUCAACCAGCCCAACCAGUGGCCACUGGUCAAAGCUACCAUAGGCCUGAUCCGCAACCUGGCCCUGUGCCUGGCCAACCAUGCCCCACUCCAGGAAGCCGCUGUCAUUCCCUGCCUGGUCCAGCUGCUGGUCAAGGUUCACCAGGAUGCCCUGGCACACAGCAGCACACAACAGCCCUACACGGAUGGAGUGAAGAUGGAAGAGAUUGUGGAGGGAUGCACAGGGGCACUGCAUAUUCUGGCUCAGGACCCUAUGAACCGCAUGGAGAUCUUCCGCCUCAACACCAUCCCCCUCUUUGUGCAGCUCCUCUACUCAUCGGUGGAGAACAUUCAGCGUGUUACAGCUGAUGUGCUGUGUGAGCUGGCCCAGGACAAGGAGGCAGCAGAUGCCAUUGAUGCAGAGGGGGCCUCAGCUCCACUGAUGGAGCUGCUGCACUCCAGGAAUGAAGGGACAGCCACCUAUGUGGCCGCCGUGCUCUUUCGAAUCUCAGAGGACAAGAACCCUGACUACAGGAAGCGUGUCUCCAUGGAGCUCACCAACUCUCUCUUCAAGCAUGACCCAGCAGCCUGGGAGGCGGCUCAGAGCAUGAUCCCCAUCAAUGAGCCCUACUCAGAUGAGCUGGACCCCGGCUACUGUCCCAUGUACUCGGGUGACAUGCCUCUGGACCCCAUUGACAUGGAUGGGGACUACCCCAUUGAUGCCUACAGUGAUGGUGUUCGGGUGCCCUUUGCUGACCACAUGCUGGCCUAAUCCCCUCUGUCACCCCCCAGGUGUUUUCUCCAUACAGAAACGGGUGGCCCCAGAGCUGAGUAUUCACAAGAAGGACUUGGGAGACAGAAGUGCCUGAGAAGACAAAACUUUUCCAUUCCCAUGAGAGAUUUUAUUUUUUUCAAUUUUGUUUUUUGUUCUUCACUAUGGGUCUGUGGAAAAGGUCCUUCCUCUUGGGACUGCUUUGAGCACCUACUGCCGGAUCCAGCAUCUAAGAUACUGUUUCUGAAGCUUUAAAACACACACACCUUGCACUAUUAAUGUCCUUUCAUUGGCAAAAUAGUCUUUUCUAUGAAUAUAUAUUUAUUUUUUAUUUUUAAUAUGAUGCCAACGUCUUUUGCCAUCUUUUAAGUUUGUGCUUUCUAAAUUCCCUGUGUGUUAGUGUUCUAGGAAAGGAAUGUAACAUGGGAAACCUCUUUGCUUCCUGCAAACUCUAACUUAAUCAGAC